AGGUGAGGGAUUUUCAGUGGGGUGUGGAGCUGUGCUGGUGAGCAGGGGCUCUGUGAGCUCUUUUGCUGCUUGGUUUUUAUGGGAUGGGUUCCUUGCUUUAAUUCAUGCACAUUUUUACAGUCUGGGCCUCUUUGAGCACAAGUGUGAAGCCCCUUCCUCCUCUGGAACCAGAGCACCCAGCUCCUCCUCAGUCCCUUGGAGUGUCUGUGUCCCCUGCGGCCAUGGGAGGUGUUUUUGGGAAGAACAGGAGGCCCUGUGUGUUCCCCAGGGUGGUUUUCAGGGCCAGGGGCAGGAGGGCUGCCCGGGUGUGCUGCGAUGCAGCCACCUGGACCGGCGAGAGCCAUUUCUGCUCCGCGCGCAUCCGCACGCGGGCGAGGCGCCCCGAGCCCCCCGCUGCCACAAUGGUGCUGGAAGCUUCUGGAAGUGAAUUUGGAGACGAGGAAGGAGACUCAGCAUCCUCCCCAAGGGCACAGCACAGCGAGGCCUCAGCCCCUGUGGCUGCCAGAGACACACCAGGGGCUGAGCUGUCCCAGCAGCCCGAAGGCGAUCCUCAGCCAGAGCUGCUGGAAGCCCAGGAACUCCCAGGAGAGGCACAAGGACCCCAAAAUCCCCAGGAGAGCAGCGAGGCUGAGGCUGCUCAGUGUCCCCCUGGCAGCUCUUUGUCCCCUGAGCCCCGCUGUGGGGAGCAGGGGGUGACACCUCUCACUAGGACCACGGUGGAGGUUGAUGUCCACGUGUCUGCUGAGCAUGGCCAGGGUGAGGCUGGUGCAGGGUCUGAGCUGCUGAGGGAUGCAGGGCACGAGGCUGAGGGUGCUGCAGAGGACACCUGUGUUGGGAAGGCUCCUUGGGAAGUGCCCAUGCAGAAGGCAGGUGACACCACGGCUGCUUCGUGUCCCCUGGAGGAGCCAGAAGCAGGAGAGGACAUGGCAGAUGGGCAGGGGGGACCAGAAACUGAAGCUCCACUUGAUCUCCAGCUGGGCCAAGGUGAGAUUGGAGCUCCUGAAGGUGUGGAAGGAGCUGCUGGUGGGGCAGGGCAGGAUGAAGAGAAGGCAGAGGAGAGCCCAGCCUGCCUGCCAGAAACCCAGCAGCACGAGGAGGAGGAGGAGAAAAUCCAAAUUAGCAGCGAGGGAGAGCCACAGGAGCACUGAAGGAGCACUUGGAACCUGGAGCAGCAGCCAUGGAGCACCUUCAUCAACCAGAGCUGAACCUGCUGCCUCCACCCUGCCAAAUGGGGCUUGUGCCCCAAAGGACCCGGAUUCAGGGUGGUGGUGGCAGAACCUCCUUUGAAAAACUGAAAACUAAAGGUGCUAAACUGAGAAUUUGUGUGCUCUGCAAGUGGCACUGCCCUCCUGUCCCUGCUGGGGCUGUUCCACGGUACAGAAAGUGUAUUUAUGUAUUUAUUUAUGUUUUUAUACCCUGCCUAGGGCUGUGCACUUCAUGGUAUCUCCCUCUGUGUGUGUGGCUGCACAGGGUUAAGUGAUGUCUAAUUUAUUAAUUACAUUUGUCCUCUCACCCCACUGGCUUGUCACCACUAUUGGAAAUGCAUUGUGUGAUGUCUGUUGCAAUUGGAAUCAAUAAAUGUUAAAUCAUUUUAACACUGGCUGCUAUGAAAUGUUGGGUUAAGAAUGCUCUGAUAAUUCAUUUCUGGUAUUUGCAUUGGCUCCAAUGCCAGAACUGAUGUUUUUACCCUUUGUAAAGUGUUUGGUAAAAUGCUGAAUGCUGAUACCAGUGGCCUCAGAAUGAAAGCUGCUCCUCCCCUGGUGAUUUCCUUGCAAAUCUUGGAACACCAACUGGGCUUGUUGUGCUUAGACCCAAUAAAAUGAAAGAUGAAAGGCUGAACUUCCAAAUGUGACUCAUUUACAGCAUUUGCUUUGCAGAACUUGGCAUUUUCUUUAUGGUUUGCACUGGCUGGGUGGAGGUCAAGGAGCUCAGGCUGGAGGCCUGUGGAAGGAGCUGUAAACAACAAAAAAAGCUGCUUGUGGUCAUUUUGCUGCAAAUAAUCAAUAAAUUUCUGGCACCUGCAUAUCCAAUGCUAAUCUCUAAUUACACAGUGCUAAACAGAAGGGAGUUUUCCCAUCAAACCUGACUGGUGGCACAGCUCUCACUGAAUUUAGGAAUUGUGUGGUGCAGCAGGGAAUCAGGAAAACAAUUCAGCCUCA